AUUAGUUCAUCUUCCAGCCUGCAAUGUUUGCUUCGAGCCUCUUCGGUAUGAACAUUGAUUUGUUAAAGGACAACCCCGAUUGGCGGUGGUACGUCCUGUUUGGAGGAACAUUUUUGAUGAUCACUUUUGUCGGAUGGCUCAUCUUCAGAAUCAAUCCUGUUUGUGCCAGGCUCGAAGACGGUAGAGGUGCUUUUGUGCUUACAAAUGAUACAGCAUAUCGAAGGACGAGUUGAGCAGGAGGCCGAAAGAUUAGUGCGGUGGUUGGAACGGAAGAGGACAAGCAAAGACGUUGAGCGAGUU